AUGUCGACCACACAUCUCCCCACAGACUCGACUCCCGAUAGAGCCAGCUCGGCCACCCUGCCAGACUCUUUCCCUCCUCAAUCUUCGCGUAGGACGACAGCCCAGCAAAUCACCCUCGUCGAUCGCACGAACCCUGAUCGUCCUGAGAUCCAAAACCCUGGCCAAGUUCAAGACGAUGAAGACACACCUCCAGAAUCUGGCUCGCUAUCUAGAAGGUGGACAAGGCAGUCAUUAACCGGCCAUGCCCAGUCGUUACAAGGUUCGGUCCAGAGCCGCAUGACCUCGCGCAAAUAUCGCCAUUACCGGGAAGGAAGAUUCAUAGGUCCUGAUGACCCUGACAACCCUGGCUCUGGUGAUGAGCUCUCGAGCAGCGCCGCUCCUGGCAAGGUCGCUCGAGGAAAGAAUAAAGUACGAGGUCUACUGGGUGCCAGGAAACAAAUGAAGCUUGCUCUGGAAGAAGACGCUGUAAUUGAUGUCCUGUACGAAAACCAACGAGGCUGGUGGUUCUUUGGUGUCCCACAUUUCUCCUCCAAAACACUGCUCAAUUUCGAUCCCAAGCCGUGGUUGAACGGCAAUAAGAAGCCGAGCCCGGUCAAUAUCACAAACGCCCAAGUCCCAGAUCCUAGUUGGGAAUGGGCUUGGAAGUCCUGGUAUGUCGACAUGUCUCGAGAUGUGGAUGAAGAGGGUUGGGAAUACUCUUUCUGGUUCAGCGAAGGCACAGCCUGGCAUGGCACACAUCCUUGGGGUUACUCCUGGGUGAGGCGAAGGAGAUGGUUACGAAAACGUGUACGGAAACAACCACAGAAGCCUGGUCAGCAGGGACACGCCUUCACCUCCGAGUACUUCACCAUUCACCGUCCCAAGGCUCCGAGCAGAUCUAGCAGUUUUGUCUUUAGCACAGAGGCACGGCAGAACCUGGCCAAGGCAGAACAUUACCUAGAAGAUCCCGAGGACGUGCGAGAUAUAGGUUCUCUUCUCAACAGUCUGAAGAGAGCUGCCAUCGAUCGCGAGAAGAUUGUUUUGGUCCGCCACUUUAUCGACAAUGGCGGGGAUGAUCUUCACUACCUAGGCGAGCAGGCAUGUUUCCUCCUUUGCACUUUUUCUCACCAACUAACAAGCUCUGNNCAGAUGGAAACAAUCAUGUCUCUUUGUGUCUUCCAGAACUCUCGUCGCUAUAUUCUGACCAUGCUCUCCGAAAAGCUCACCGCAGCCGAAAAGCUUCGCGAUGAACACACAGCUCACAACGAAGAAAUAUCAGCUCAGGAACAACAANAAAUCUCAAAUCUGGAGAAUGCCAUCGCUGCAGCAGACGAACAAGUCAAGCGACUGGAAUACUGGAGCGACGUCCGCGAUAUGGCUCGGGCAGGCACAACAUCCUUUGCCACAGACGCUGGUGUUUGGGGUUAUGCCAAGUGGCGAGGAUUGGACGCUUCAGGUCCCGAAGCUGAUGAUAAAAGCACGGCGAAGGAGAAGGGCAAGAGCUGGAAAGAGGUCAAGAAAGAGGUUAAUACCCAACUGAAACCCAAAGAUAGUGUUGUUGAUGGUCAAGAAGACAAGNGACAAGCCAAAAAGGAGGUCAACAUUGAAGGACAUUUGGCUGAGUCGAGCGAGGAGUAUUAUACCACAGCUGCUGAAGAUGCACCGAAAGAUAAGGGGAAGCAGCGGGUCGAAUGA